GUUGAUGAGAAACAGCGAGGAUGGGAGAUGGUGCUUAUGCACUCCAGCAGAGGUGACGUCUUACUUUCAUAUAUUUUGGGGUUAAAAUUAUGGAGUGGGUUGUGUGUUGAAAUUUAAAUCAUGAUAGAGGAUACUUUGCAUGGAACCACUAGAAUCAAAAUAUAAUAACUCACUUAUCACAUUCAAGAGUCAGUCACUAUGAACUAAAAAGUGACGAAUUACAGUAUCCCUUCUAUAAUGUAUUGAACAGUCAUUUGCAAUAUUAGCUGAAAACAUACAUAAUGGCAUUACAUGAUUUGUGGACAAUCUGACAUUUCUUGUGUGGUGUGCAGACACCUUAUGUAGAAAAUGAAACUGAAAGAGCAGGUCAUUCAAAACAUUUUUAAUGAUGUAAAUAUAUAAAUUAAGGAAAAAUGUAUAACAAAACCCCCUUCCUAAUCACGUACUGUGCAUCAACAACAUUUUAUUAGUUACAUUAUUAUAAUUGUAUUAUUCCUAUACAACUCAAUCUGUGAUGCCACCUCCAAAUUUUCAGCAGUGUCUUGGCAGUGACGAAGUAGACUGUGUGUUCUCUUUGUUGAUAAAAGUGUUGAUAUUACUAGUUUGAGAUUUGUACGUUAUAAAAUAGUUUCGCCGUUUUAAAUUACACGUAUUCUUUUGAGCACCUUUUCUAGGUGGGCUGCGUAAGUACUUUAUAAAUCUUGGUAGUUUGUUUUAAAGUUGGUGCACAUAUCUGGACAUGGGAGGGGUUGACAAAAUCCUUAGAGCAUAGAGAGGUAAGUACCAGGUUCAAUUUUGCUAUUCAAUAUUGAGUGAAAAAAGGUUAUGUAAUAGUGUAAAAUAUUACUACUAAAACACACGUCCAACGCCACAAUUGUUUUCUUAUGAGAAGUUCAAGCCAGACAUGACCAUUUAAUUGCACACAAAUGUAAACAUUUGUUUAUUAAUUAAAAAUGCUAAUGUUAAUCCCAAAAUCGCAGAAUAACUAUUUGCUUUAUUGACAAAAUUGGAUGAAUUCAUAUUAUGAAUAGGAAGGAGCUUGGAACGUGUCUUUGAACUCAAGGCUAACGCCCAUUUCCUCCAAAACUGAAACUUUCAGUACUGUCUCAGCAUCAAGCGUAUUGCUGCUUUGCAACAGUUGAAGAUCAGCCUUUUUCUGCACGGCAACUCACCCGCUGUUGAAGAACUGCAACUUCUCUGAUGUUCAGUUUGCAGGGUUGGCUUUGGCCAAAAAUGUUAGUGAAUAAGCCCUAUAAAAUUCAUAAGCAAAAAAUGAAUUUUAGUUAAAAACGCAUAUUAAUGACAUUUUAAUAAGCAAAUGUUCACAAUAUAAAAAAUUUUUAGUAAAUCAGCCCAUUAAAUCUAACAAUCAAAAAAACAAUGUUAGUGAAUAAGUCCUUUUUUAAAUCCAAAGGUCACUACUCCACACUAAUUCUUCUUGAUCUCUCUGCUGUCUUUGACACCGUUGAUCAUGCUCUCCUUCUUCAAACUCUUCAAUCACUUGGUCUUUUGUGACUCCGUCCUCACUGCGUUUUCCUCUUAUCUUUCCCAACUCUAAUUCAGUGUCUCCUUUUCUAAUGAUACCUCCUCCCCUCGUCCUGUCUCGGUUGGCAUCGCCCAUGGCUCUGUCCUUGGUCCCCUUCUAUUUUCUCUUUAUAUUGCAUCUCUUGGCAAACCUAUUACCUCUUUUGGAUUCAACUACCGCCUGUACGCUGAUGACACCCAGAUAUAUCUCUCCUACUCGGACUUAGCUCCUGCCGUCCUUCAAGCCAUCUGAAACUCAAUCUCUCUAAAACUGAGGUCCUUGUCUUUCCUCCUCCUAAUACUGAUCCUCCUCUUUCGCUCUCCCUUCAAAUUAGUGGUAUCCACAUAAGUCCAUCCUUGCAAGCGCGCUGUCUUGGCGUUAUACUUGAUUGUGGCCUUUGAGACUCACAUCCAGUAUGUUACCAAAUCCUGUAGAUUCCAUCUUAAAAAUAUAGCCCCCUUAUGCCCCCUUUUUAUGCAAAAUGCUUCCAAGCUCUAGUAAUUUCCCGCAUGGAUUAUUGUAAUUCUCUCCAAAUUGGUCUUCCCAGAGCCCUAUUGCCCCACUACAGUCUGUAAUGAAUGCUGCCGUCAGACUGAUUUUCCUAUCUAAUCGGUCCUCUCACACCUUACCUCUCUGUCAGUCCUUACAUUGGAUUCCUGUAUCCUAUAGGAGUCAAUUCAAAGUGCUAACCCAUACCUAUAAAGCAUUGACCAAUUCUAACCCCUAUUAUAUCUCUUCACAGAUCCAUAGGUAUGCCCCUUCUAGGUCUCUCCACUCUGCCCAUGACCUUCUCCUGUCUUUUGCUCGCACCGGUACGGCCAACUCGCACUCACAGGACUUCUUGCGGGCUAUGGAAUAGCCUGCCUACCGCCAUCAGACUCUCCCCUAGUCCUCAAUCGUUUAAAAAGUUCCUUAAAACCCAUCUCUUCAGGAAAGCUUAUGGCCUCCCAGAGUAAUCUCUACCUCAUAUACCUGUCUCUUGCUCUCUCCUAAAGGGCAGCACUCUACUCUCUCCUCCAGCUCUGCUUCACUCCAACCUUAUUUGAAUGCCAUUUCCUGUCCUAAUGUGUUUUAUAUCCCACCUCCUCUAGACUGUAAGCUUGUUUGAGCAGGGUCCUCUUCAACCUAUCGUUCCUGUAAGUUUCCUUGUAAAUGUCCUAUUUAUAGUUACAUCCCCCUCAUAAUAUUGUAGUGCGCUAUGGGAUCUGUUGGUGCUGUAUAAAUGGCAAUAAUAAUAAUAAUAAUAAUUACAUAGUCAUGUGACGGCACUCAAAGGAUUAAUAUGCCAAUUUAAAAAACUAACUUCUGUAAAUAAACUUUUUAUUUGAUAACGCUAACUUUGAAUUGUUAGAUUAAAAGGGGUGUAUUCACUAAGGAUUGUUUUUGGAUUGUCAGAUUAAAAUAGAUGUAUUCACUAAGGCUUCCGGUGAAUUACAAAAGCUAUAUUGCAGCUGUAUUGCAGCAUUGAUAAGUGUUCCAAAGGCAGGCGCUCCGCGCAAAUGCCUGUCUUUGCAUUUAGCUCCAAGCAACAAAAUCUGUUUGAUUUGUUUUGUGUUUUAGAGAUCAUUUAGAAAAGUCCUAAUUUGUAUUAAAAUGGGUGCUUUUCUAUUAUGAAACUAAGAGGACAAAGUUGAAAGUGUUCAUUUAAAUUUAUGCCUUUUCCUGAGGGUCACAAACUCCAUUUUAUUAGAAAAAUAGAGCUGUAAAUGGAGAGGCACUCAGCUAAUCCCAAAAUAGCCACAAAAACUCAAACAGCAGUGUUACGGGUCAUAAAGAUUAAUAUCCACAUUUUACUUGAAUACUGAUAAACAUAUUCAUAAAUAUUUUUACAUCAUUAUUUUAUAGAUUUUAUUUGAAAUAUAUUCCUACUAAAAUUAAAAGGACAAAUGUUGCAUUGGAGAAUAAUUAAAUACUAAUCCCUUGACUUUUAUUUCUGCGUUUUGUAGGUGACCGAGCACUAACCAGAAGAAUUUUUACCAGAAGACUUUUUUUAUGAUAACAUUUUAUGGAUGACUAAUGAAACACAACUUUAAAAGCACUAGUUUCAAAGGUGAUAAACACCCAAAGAGAUUUAGGAAUGGGGGAUGCAGAUGCCCCGCGUUGGGUUUUUAUAAAUAACUAUAGUUAUUUUGUGGGGGCAGCAUCUACCUUCCUGUCCACAGUUCUCACAUUCCCCAUCUACAAGACGAUAUUCCGUCAGCAGAUUCACACCUUGAGCAUUAGGGCUGCCACUGGCCAAUUAAGGAAAGAAGGGAUUGCAUUCCUGUAUCGUGGAUUGACACCACCCCUUAUGUCCAAGACCGUGCAAGGCACAAUACUGUUUGGUACUCAGGGAAGUUUCCAAAGUCUACUUUCGGGUGGUGGUAAACCAAGAACUGUCCACUGCACCCUCUCUGGAUGUCUUGCUGGUGUGCUAGAAGCCAUCCUCCUUGUUCCAUUUGAAAGGGUGCAGAACAUUCUACAAGAUGGACGUAAUAAUAAACGGUUUCCUUCUGCUUACUCCAUUAUGCAGGAGUUUCAAUCCUACAGCAAGAAGCAGUGUUUGUCCUGCGGCAUCUAUAGAGGCUUUAGCAUCAUUGUUGUUCGCAAUGCUCUGGGCAAUGCUCUCUAUUUUUCUUGCAAGGAUCCCUUGCGAGACUUAUUGAGUGCAGAGGGGAUUCCAAAAUGGGCUCCUUCUUUAUUUUCUGGAUCUCUAAAUGGUGCCCUAAUCUCACUGGUACUGUACCCAUUGGGUGUAUUGGUAUCAAACAUGCAGGCAGCUGUGGGGAAUAGACUGCCAAGUACAAGAGAGGUGGCACGUACACUGUGGGCACAGCGCGGGGGAAGAAUAACACUGUUAUACAGAGGAGCUUCCCUAAUUGUUGUGCGCUCCUGUGUCACCUGGGGUGUAACAACUGCCAUCCAUGAUGCUCUGAGCAAUAAAUAGAAAAAUCAAUUUUUGAUAUAUACUUUUUUUUUUUAUAAUACAAACAGACAUGGAAUACAAUAAUUUUAUAUUAAUGAGUAUUUUAUGCAUGAAUGCAGCUAGGAAAUAUGGGACAAAAUAUUAGGUCAGGUUUAGGGCACAAGCUGUAGCUGACAACCAGUUGAACCAACCCCAACUAUAAUAAAAAGUAAACCUCUUUUUUGUAUAACUGUUUGGCAGAUAAACUUUUGCUGGAAGCAACAUUGAUAACAAAAAUGACUAAUUUACACCUCUCCAUCAGUCACAGCAUCAAGAUUAUAUUUAUAUAUACUUAAAUACAUAAUGUGACAAAUACCUUAACAGAAAAAGUACAGAUCGCUGGUACGGGUGAGAGAAGAGUCUGGAGAAGAGUUUAACCCCUUAAGGACACAUGACGUGUGACGUGUCAUGAUUCCCUUUUAUUCCAGAAGUUUGGUCCUUAAGGGGUUAAAGUCACCAAAAAUAAAACAUCUUACACAUUUGUAAGUCAGAAAGCUGUAGCUUCUAGAAAAUGUCUUUGAUGGGGAUUUAAUUUAUACAUCACUAACUCUCUGUUACAGGUUUUCAGUUUAACCUCUUAAGGAUGGAGCCAAUUGUACAAGUUCUAAACCAAAACAAAUCAUAGAAUUUAAACUAUAUGUUUGUUCAACCAUAAUUUACCUCUUUAAUAUUAAGUGUACCCACACGUAUUGUAUAUCAUUUUGUUCAUGAGAAACAGG